AUGUCAAGGGAUCCGCCAGUCAUUGAACAAGGGCUGUUUCAGAGGAGUGACAAUAUGGCUGCUGAGAGAGUGGCGAGUGGAGUGAACGAGUUGAUCAAAGAGGCGGUGCUGGCAGCAGUGAGAGAGGAGCUGGCUGCACACAAGGAGGAGGUGAAAGAGUUGCAGCACAUGCUGACAGCAGUGAAUAGGGAGUUGACAGCGGUUAAAGGGGAGUUGAUAGUGGUGAAGGGGGGAUUGGCAGUGGUGAAAGGGGGGUUGGCGGAACACGAGGACGCUAUGGCAGAGAGAUUGGCUGAGAGCAGAAGGGCAUCGGAUGCGAGAGGCUUGAGAGAAAAGAGUAGAAAGAGAAAGCAAGAAACCACAGCGAAUUUUGCCAGGGAGGAGGAGGGAGGUACAGGAGGUGGAGAAACUGGCAGCCUCUAA